AUGACUACACGUAAAGUAAAAGUUCUCGUGCUUCCCGGUGAUAAUUGUGGUCCUGAAGUUGUUGCAGAGGGUAUUAAAGUGCUCAAACUUAUUUCUCAAAUGAGAACAAAAUGUAAUAAUGUUGUAAUUGAACUCUGUGAAGAAAAAAUUGGUGGUGCUGCCAUUGAUGCGACUGGAAGUCCGCUUCCAGAACAAACUUUAAAAGUUGCCAAGGAAUCUGAUGCAAUUCUUCUUGGUGCAGUUGGCGGGCCUGCAUGGCCACGUCCUAUUGAUCCUAAUGAUCCAACGAAAGGAGUUGGUCCACGUCCAGAGCAAGGACUUUUAGAUAUCCGAAAAGCACUUAAUCUAUAUGCAAAUCUUCGUCCAUGCUCGUUUGCAAGUGAUUCAUUGAUACCUCAUUCUCCAUUAAAAGAAAAUAUAGUUAAGGGUACCGAUUUCACAAUUGUUCGUGAAUUAGUUGGUGGUAUUUACUUUGGCAAUCGACAAGAAGAGGAUGAUAAAGGUCAAGCAUUUGACACUCUUCCAUAUUCUGUUGAAGAAGUUGAAAGAAUAACCCGUUUAGCAGCCCAUUUAGCACUUGGAAAGAACCCUCCAGCAACAAUACACUCACUUGAUAAGGCCAAUGUACUUGCUACGUCUCGACUCUGGCGUCGUACAGUUAGCAGAAUUAUUAAAGAUGAGUUUCCCUCUGUUCCACUUAAACAUUAUUAUAUAGAUGCUGCUGCUAUGUAUUUGGUGAAAAAUCCGACAAUGUUAAACGGAAUUAUUCUUACUGAGAACUUAUUUGGCGAUAUCUUGAGUGACGAAGCUAGUAUUAUUCCGGGAAGUCUUGGUCUUUUGCCUUCCGCAAGCUUAAGUGGUUUACCUGAUGGAAAAAACCCAUGUUUUGGACUAUACGAACCUAUUCAUGGUUCUGCCCCUGAUAUCGCUGGACAAGGAAUAGUAAAUCCUAUAGCAACUAUUCUUAGUGUUGCUAUGAUGCUUCGUUAUUCUUUAAAUCUACCCCGUGAAGCAAAAUCUGUUGAAGAUGCUGUGCGAAAAGUUCUUGAUGGUGAUGAAUUUGGUGGUUACAGUUACCGCACUAAAGAUUUGGGUGGUACUUAUACUACUUCCCAAAUCGGUGAUAAGGUCGCUGAAGUUCUUGAAACUUAUUUGGAAGGUUUAAAUGCGGAGGAUCGUACUUCUUCCAUAACUCCAAUUCGUGAACUUUUAUUAACAAGACCAUCUGGUCGUCGUGGUAUGACUUUAUGCGAAAAGAUUAUCACUCACGCUGCCAUUGGACUUCCUCCUCCUGGUCAUGUAAAACCAGGUGAUAUGAUCUGUGUUUCGGUUGAUUGGACUUUAGCAUCUGAACUUACAUGGAAAGGAAUGGAAAAGACCUUUGAUGUAAUGGGACGACCAGGAAUUUAUCGUAAUGAUCGAUUUUGGCUUGCAAUUGACCACACUGUUGAUCCUCGCAUUAAUCAUCUCCCUAAACCUGCUGGCCUCAUCAAAGCUUCAGAACAUUUCGCCAAAGAAGCAAAAAUUGUAGAUUUCUAUCGUCCAAAUCACACUAUUUUACAUACCGAAUUUUAUCGUACACGUGCCCAACCUGGUCAGAUGAUUAUCGGUGCAGAUUCUCAUUCAUGUUCGGCAGGUUCUGUUAGUGCAUUUGCUGUAGGGUUAGGUGCUGCUGAUGUUGUCAUGCCUAUGGUCACAGGAGAAACUUGGUUCAAGGUUCCGGAGACCGUAGAAAUAAGAUUUGUUGGCAAACCUCCAUUCGGUAUUGGAGGCAAAGAUGCAAUUCUUUAUGUGCUUGGCGAACUUAAACGUAAUACUGUUGCUUUUGAACGUGCAGUAGAAUAUACCGGUCCUGGACUCAAGUAUCUUUCUUGUGAUGCACGUUUCGCAAUUUCAAACAUGGCUACAGAAUUUGGUGGUAUUGCUGGUGUAUUUGAAGGUGACGAAAUUACUGCUGCAUUUAUUGCAAAGCGAAAGAACCCUACCCACAAAAACUCUGCACUAUACUUCCGUGCUGACCCUGAUGCAGUGUAUGCAGAAACUCAUAUAAUUGAUUUAUCUAAAGUUGAUUCUCUUGUUGCUAUAUAUCCAUCACCGGAUGAUGUAGUAAGCGUGAAAAAGGUUGAAGGAAAAAAACUUGAUGGUGUGUUCAUUGGUGCUUGUACUACAGCAGAGGAAGACUUAAUUCUUGCUGCCUUAGUUUUAGAGGCAGGACUCAAAAAAGGAUAUAGACCUACUAUAGGUGGCACGAGACGUGUUACUCCCGGUAGUUUACCGAUCGUUGCGAAAUUACGUCGCCUUGGUUUAUUGAAAUUUUAUGAACAAGCUGGUUUUGAAAUUGGUGCACCGGGUUGCUCUUAUUGUAUUGCAGUUGCAGCUGACCAUGCUGGUGAAGGAGAAGUUUGGUUAAUUAAAUUAUUACAUUUUGAAGUUUGCUCAAUGUUAUCUUACAGAAAUGGUAAAGGUGCUAUUGGAAAUUUAGCAUCUGCUGCUACAGUUGCCGUAUCUUCGUUUGAAAUGCAAAUUCGUGAUCCCAGAGAACUACUUGAUUGUAUUGAUGCUGAUAAAUAUCACGAAUAUCUCGAACAAUGGAUAGACUCAGGGGUAUCAUUUACUAUAUCUGAGCCAAAUCCUAUUUUAUGUGAUCCUAAUGAUCCUAAGGCUGGAAAAUCUGAUAACCUACCAUCAAAAUCCUUAUCUGACGUUACAAUAACCGGCAAAGUUCAACGUUUUGAAGAUAAUGUUGAUACUGAUGCCAUAAUUCCCGCUCAAUUCAUGCCUGGAAUUGAUGAUGAAGAUUUAGGUACUCAUGCAUUCCAACAUGUAAGACCUGAAUUUGUUAAAAAGGCGAAAGAAGGGUUCAAUAUUGUCGUUGGUGGUUCAGGGUUUGGAUCAGGAUCAUCAAGAGAAGAGGCACCAAGAGCCCUGAAAGGUGCGGGUGUAAAAGCAGUCAUCGCAAAGAGUUAUGCAUACAUUUAUAGCCGAAAUCAGCCAAAUAUGGCCCUCUUGGGAGUAACUGUAAAUGAUGAAGAAUUCUACACACUUGCACAAGAGGGUGCCGAAGUGGAAAUUAAUGUUAAGGAUCGAUUUGUUACUUGUUGUGGAAAAACAUUCAAAUUCGGUCUAUCUGAGAUGGAGGAAAAAAUAAUUGCAUCUGGUGGUGUAACCGAAAUGUAUAAACAAUACGGUAACAGAUUAUUUAGGGCUGCAGUCGGAAACGACACAGGGUCAAGUUGCUCUGGUGAAGCAUUAAAAGGCGAAAAAGGCUGUGGGACAGAUACAAGAGAGUUGGCUUGUAGUAAUGUUAUUUUUAAUCCAAUGUAG